CUGCGAUGGUCAUUACGGUGCAGUAUCGGCCGGGCGAUGCGCAGGAGUUUCUCUAGAAAGUAUCGAGACUAUCGAGUUAGCCGCGCGUGCGCCGUACAUCAUGCAUACAAACAGCCAUUGACACAGGUUACAAACGUGCUGUCACUGCAACCGUGUCUCUUGAGACACAAGUGUUAGUGGAACAUUCGGAAUUGGGUUAGAAAAAUGGCCGGUGGUGUCUUUUGGAUCGUGCUGUGUGGAGCUAGCUUUAUAUCUGGAACUAGUACAAGUGAGGAUGUAGCAAGAUUUUUGAAAACGGAUGACGUUAUGGAUGUCACAGAUUUUUCCAUUUACUACGAUUUGAAGACCAAUGAGACAAUAAGACAGAUGAUGCCUCGUCCGUGGUACUGGCCGGGAUGGAUGCUGCGGCUGCCCUUCCAAGGUGGACCAUGUCAGUGUGAAGGUCUGCAGUGCUCAUGUUGUACUGGUAUACAAGUAUACAACUUCAAUAGGAAAUCAUGUGCCAACUUUACUUAUAAUCCUGAACAAUUGACGAUCGACAUGGAAGUGAUAAUGCAAAAUGCGAGUGUCUACAAAAAUACUUUUUCUGCCAGCAACGCGCCACCGUUUUGCAUCCCCAUCCCAGUGCCAUAUCUGCCUCCUGGUCUAGUGGACAUGUGCAUCAGGCUUUACAACAUAUCCAUAGUGGACCGAAAACUGCACGUCUGUAUGGACAUCGACAGUCGUAUUGAUAAAUCUCCAGUUUUGGUUCUUCACUUCGACUGCAUGGAUAUGGGGGCAGGUGGAGUAAGUCUUUCAAAGCCUGGCGGCUCCAAUCCCACCCCUGCUGACGUCACAGCAACUACGGAACCUCAGCAACUAGACAGUGACGUGUACGACCCAGUCACGGAACCCGACCAACAGCCAAUCAAAAAGUCUCGCUCCCAAAAACACUGGUUUAAAAAAUUCAAACGUUUACUUUAAAUUAAUCAUUAAAUGUUGACGGUA